AUGGAAGAUUCUGUAACUUCUAUCACUGAUCUUACCAAAGAUGCAGCGCCAACAACACGGGUAUCAGCAACACCUUCAGUGGACGCUGCAGCAACUGCUGAUGCGAAUGCGACAGAGAUAACAGAAGUAGUGAGAGCCGAAGCAGCCCUUGGCGAGGUCACAGAGGAAGGAGGCUUCGCAGCAGUGGCCACUAAGGAGGCAGUUGCUGCUUACUUGUGUCCAGAUGAAGCAGCCGAGAAUAUUCGGCAGCUGUGCGGACUUGCUGCAGGCGUUGCUGAUGACGAUGCGGACAAGGGGACAGUAUCAACAGCAUCAGCGAAACAGAUACAAGAAACAGCACUGACUGCUCUGCUGCUACACCUUCAUUCGAAGCGAGUUUCCUUCCCUGAAGUGCUCAGCUACACCGAAACAUGCAUUGUCGCAGCGACUAAAGCAGCAACCACAAGUGUAGCAUCGGCAACAACUGAUUGUACCAACUACGUCAAGGCAGCACAAACUCGGAAAGCCGCAGCGGCUCUACCGGCACAGAUCCUACAGCGCAUGCCGGAGUUGCCUCUUCGUAGUAAGAGUAGCAGCAGUAGCAAGGGCAGCAGCUACACUGAUGGCAGCAGCGGCUGCCGCAUCGACAAGAGCGACGGAAGUACAAAUGACAGCAGCAGUGGCGACGGCGAAAGGCUGUCGGAAGACGAUGCUUUGUGGCAGCUGCUGCUGCAGUGCAGCGACAGAUAUAUGACGGAUUGGCAGGGAACAGAGGGGGGCGCUUCUUGUUGCCUCGCUGUUGCGCGCUCAUCGCCAGAACUCUUGCAGUUGCUGCUUCCCCCACCAAAAGGCACCAGCAGCGACUGCAACAGCAAUGACAGUAGCAGCAAUAACAGCAGAAAGUACUGGACGGAAGACUGCACCGUGGGGUUGUUCAUGCUGCGCUCUUUGCUGCACCAGGUGCACACGCCUUCGUUUGCUCAGAGCACACGGCAGCUGCUACUGCAGCUGCUGCUGCUGCUACUGCAAGAGUGCGCUAAGGCAGUGCAGCAGGAGAUGCGGAGAGAAGCUCUGGUUCUUGAGAUCAGCAGACAGCUAGAGGGAGAACGGGACCCGCGAUGCCUGUUGCUCCUGUUUGCUAUUGUGAAGGAGCUAGGGCGUACAUACAGCUCGCUCAUGAGGGAGAGUGAGCUUGAAGCUUCAGUUGAUCUGAUUAUGUCCUAUUUUCCGGUCUCGUUUUCACCGCCACCUAAUGCUGUCGCCUGUGUCACAGAGUCAGCCCUAACUGAAGCGUUUGCUGGUGCUGCUUCUGCCUCGCGCCUGUACGGGCCUCUGGUACUGGCGCUUGCUGUUGACCUUGUGCCCUCUCUUAUAGAGGACUGCAGCAGCAGCAGCAGCAAUGCUGGGAAGGGAGACGGAAACCCUUUGGAAAAAGCGGUCACCUCCCUUGCUAUGUGCCUUCCCUAUUAUGAGCCCUCUGCUGCUGCUGACGCUGCGCUGCAGCUCGGGCCGCUGCUGCUGCAGCAGCAACAGCAGCAGCUAGACGACUUGCUGCCCCUUGAAACUGUCGACUUGUUUGGCUUGCUUCUUCGACGAGGGCAGGAAGGAUCAGAGCAGCAGAAACAGCAACAGCAGGAGCAGCAACCGGAUGGGAAGGAGCCCAAUGAUAGCUUAUCUUUCAAGCAGGCGGAGGAUUUACUGCUUCCCCUUGCUGCACCACUGCUAGAGUUACAGCAAAUAACCACUCCAACAAGUAGGCUCAUGCUGCAGUUGCUUAUGGAAGCUGCUGCUGCAGGUCCUGUCAGCUGUUUGUGCUGCUUAAAGGUUGCAGCGCUGCCGCUGCUUGAGCAUGUGCUCCAAACGGCAGGCAUUUCAAUUCAGCAGCGGAAACAGCAUCAAAAAGAGGCUUUAGGGGACACUGCUGCCUGUAUGAGCAACGACAGCUCCAGCAGCAACAGCAGCGAAGGGAGCGAAGACGCUUUUGCUGUGCUCUGUCGUCUUCCAUGGUUCUCGGCAGCAGCGCUAGACUCUAGCAGCAGCAGCAACAGGGACAGCAACAGCUGCAGCAGCACGUGUAUGAGCGUUGACGAAAAGAUGCAGGUGCAAGGUGGCUUGCUACUGAUGUCUCAGUUGCUGGGUGCCGCACAAGGAAGCGGCUGCAUGCAUGCAGCAGCGGCAGUACCCGAGCUUAGGCAGCAACUUCAGAACUUACUUCAGCAGCUGCUGCAGGAUUUGCUGCAGCUGCUAUUGGUGAGGGGCCAUGAACUAGCCUGGGAAGUUCCGGAUGCGCAGCUGCUGCUCUUCCGGCUUGUGGGAAUCGUGGCCUCAAGCGAACCAGUUGGGGCAACAGCGGCAGCAGCAGCAGCGUAUCUGUUGUCUGCUGUAGCUGGAUUCGUAAGUUUGCCUCCUGCGGCAGCAGCAGCUUCUGAUGCUGAAACUUCGGACGGAGGAGGGAGGAGCAGCCCGAAGCAACAUGUGCACCAGCGGGAAACUGUACUACAGCAGCAAUUGGUGCGGGCUACUGUUGCCUUUCACCGCAGACUAAAUGCGGACUGCAACAGCAAGGGCAUUGCUGCAGCCCUGAGCAGCGAACCUUCCAGUACUGCUGCUACUGCUCUUGCUGGUAGCGCAGAGAACGCAGCGGCGACGGGGGUUGGCGGCAGCGCCUACGCGGCGUGCGUGCGAUCGCUUCAGCAGAUUUUCCUAUCUACUGGUUGCAUGCAGCAGCAUCAGGAGGCAAGGCUGCUAUUGAGAGUUGCUGCAGAGGGGGUUGGAGCUGCGUGCGCAGCAGCACUCGAGAGCAUCAACAAAGGCAGCGUCGACGUGGAGGCUGAGCAGAAGGACCAGCAGCAACCACCUAUUUGCAGGUUGCUGCCAGCAGCUGCGGCAGCUGAGGUGUCGAUUGCUUGCAGCUGUGUCCUCGUAGGGCGAUGGAACACAAAUGAGCAGCAGCGCGAGGAGCAACAGGAUGAGGAGCAGCAAAAGGUGCAAAAACAGCCAGGAGCUCUGGGUAUAGCUCUCCCCAGAAACCUGCUGCAGAGACUGUGCGACACCCUGUCCAAUGCGGGGAAGUCCCUGAAACAGCUGCAGCACGAAGAGCAGGAGCAGAAUCAGCAGGAAAAGCUGCAGUUGCAGCUCCUAAAUGCUGAAGCAGCAGAAAAGCUCCGCCUUUUGGCAUCAGCAGCAGACGGAACGGCAAGCGCGUUGUGCAUAUACAGCACAAUUUUGCAGCAGCAGAAACCGCGAAAGAGGCACCACAUGAAGCAGCGAAGGCAGCAGCAACAGCAGGAGCAAGCGCACGAGGAGCAGCAGCCAGCGACGCUGAACCCGGCUUCCUCUCUUCUGUUGCUCCUUGGCAAUAAAGAGCUCACUGGGCUGCUAAGAGAGGUCGCAGUUGCGUAUGUACAGCAGCAUUUGAAUCAGAAGCGAUUGCAGCAGCAGCAGCAACUGCGACAGCAACUGCAACAGCAGCAGCUGCAACAGCAGCAACUGCAGCAACAAGCGCAGACACUAUCAUCGAUCGUUUCAUCUUUGCGAUUGCUUGUUAAGAAGCUGCUGCAGUUGCUUCCACCUGUGGAACGAAUUGCCUUCUCUCAGCAGUUAUUGCAUGAAAGUCUUGAAGAGGAUGCACUGUUUCUUUUUCUACCUGCAGCCGUUCAAGUUGCAGUUUCUGCUGCUGUGCCAGAGGCCGACAGCAGCACUUGCUGCUGCACAAAGAAGAGUGCCAAAAAUUGUAGCUGCAGCAGCUGCGUGCCACAGGUGCUGCUGCAGCGGUGCAUUGCGAUUUGCUGCAGCUCACUUCCGCAGAGCCAGCAGCAGAAGAUACUGCCGUUGCUGCCAGCAGCAGCAGCUACAGCGGCAGCAAAGGACAGAAGCCACGUACUGCAGCGAGAUGGCUUGGAAGUUUUGCAGAUGCUGCUGCGCUACCUUCCAGCAGAGAGCAAACGCCAUGCACUUGUGCUGUUGCAGCAGACGGAGGCAGCGUUGCUUCACAGUUGCUGCUGCAGUUGCUGCAGCAGCUGUAGCUGCUCAGAUGCUCGUGGGUCUUCAGGCGAGGCUUCUGAUUUCGAUGCCAUUGCGGCUGCACAACUUGCUGCUCGUGCUACAGGCUUGCUGCAGGGAGCUGCACUCGCUGGUCUCUGGGCUGGUCGCGGUGACAGCAGGGGUAACAACAAAUUUGGCUGUGACCAACCUGAAGAAUUGUUAGAGACGAUGCUACUGCAGGCCUUCGCACCGCGUUCACAUGGGCGCAGCAGCAGCAAGUGUGGGAGCAGCAGCAACAGUGACAUCAACAACAGAAGCAGCAACAAUGGCAGUAACAGCAACAGAAGCAGCAACGGAAGCAGCAACAACAGUGUGUGCGGCUGCGCUGCGCAGUUCGCUGCAGCUCGGGCUGUCGGGCUGUUGCUACCAGACGUGUUGCUGCAAUCGGCCCUAGCCCAACAGCCAGGAGACAACAGCAGCAAUCAGUGCAGCUCCGGAAAUGACAGCAUCAGUGACGGCAGCAGCAACGGCUGCAGGCCCCUUUUCCCCAUUUUACCUGAAGGGAGGCCGUGGCUCACGGAGCUUGACGAGCUUGAACUUGAGGAACAGGAACAGCAAGAGCAGCAGCAAGAGAGUGAGCAAGAGCAGAAGCAGCAAGAUCAUGAAGAGCAGCGCGAGCAGCCUCAGGAACAUCAGCAAGAAGGCCACCACAAGGUUGAGAGGGAGCUGCACCUGCAGCGCAUGGCAGCAGCGCGCGUUUGUCUUGAGGCCUUGCACCCGCGUUGCACCGCUGCUGCGGCUUCGACAGUUGCUGCUGCUCUGUCGUCUGCUUCUUCCAGAGCAGCAGCAAUAGAGGAAACAAAGGACCGCUGGGGCCCUCCCCUUGGGGACCUCCAUUUGCUAUAUUCAGUUCCUGUGGACGAGGGCAAGGAGAAACAACAAGAGCAGCAGGAAAAAAUCGCUGCUCUGCUGCCGCUGCUGAGCUGCCUUACAGCUGCCUGUGUUUCUUCUAUCAGUGACACCAGCAACAACGGCGACAGCACCACGACUGUGGAGCAUCUGGCGCAAGCGGAGCCUCACUUUACUUCCGUAGGGCCCCUGAGCCUGGUAGAGUUGGUGGUGGGUUGGGGCUGCUGCUAUAUUGUGCAGCAGCAGCACCUGCUGUCCACGUACUCGUUGCGCAUGCAGCAGAUGUCAGCAGGCAACGCUGCUGCUGCUGCUGCUCUUGCCGCGUCUGCCGGCUUCCCGGUAGAGGUGCCGUCCUUCCAAAAGAACAGCCAGCAGCAGCAAGCAGCAUACUGUGCUGCUUUGGCAGCAACAGCAGAAACUGUGCAACAGCAACUUCAAGACCAGGAGCAGCAGCAGGCGCAGCAGCAAGCUGCCGGUGCAGCUGCAGCUGAGUUCGCUCUCUUGGAGGCGUUUUCUGCCUCUUGGUUGUUAUUGUUAUUGCUGCUUCUACAACAACAGCGGCAAACUCAAACAAGUCAGCAAAAGAGCGAGAUGCGCCACCACGCCUCGACAACACCCGGCUGUUUUUCGGGCUCUUUCUUGCUGCUGCUGCUGCAUGCACUGCUGCUUCUGGCUCUCUGUGAGAAACGGCCGCUGCUGCGGUUGCUGGCACUGGAUGCCCUCAGACUUGCCGCCCUGCAGCAAACGGACACACAGAAAAUGCAGCAAGCAGCACCUCACCCCGCUGCCAGUCGCAGCGUUGAAUUCCAGGAGCCUGAGCAUACCGAUCAUGCUGCUGCGAGAAUUGCUGUUCUUGCUGCUUCAAGGCUUGUUGGCGGCGACAACAACGGCGCCGCAACAGCCGUGUCAGUUGAGUUCACAUUGUUGUUACGCCAUCAAGACGCGGCUCUCAGGGGAUGA